CCUGUCUGUGACCUUGCUUGUCUGCGGCCCUGCUCCUUCUCCAUUCUCCGGUCAGCAUCGUACUUCCCCCAUGCCCUACAACUGAAUGCCGAAGGAACAGGUCCAACUGCCUGUCCUUCCUACGGAAACAUCCUGCCAGAGACAUCCCAACAACAAAAUUUACUCGAAACAUAGGAUCGACAAUCCAGUACCACGGAUCAACAUCCAACAACGACAAUCAAUAAAACGUACAGCCUCCUCACAUUUCUCUCCGCCUAUGAAUGCUUCCUGAUGUGGAAGUGGCGAAUAUAUGAAACCUCUCAUCGCCACGUGUGCCUCACUUCUUGGGAGUCCACUCGAUCCUGGAAAGACGUGAGUGGCGAGUGCUAUUCUUACCGCUCACCGCCCACAUCGCGUGUAGGCUCC